GCAAACCAGACUAAAUGCCUGAGCCUCUAAUUACGUUUCGGUGUCGAAGAACCUGAUUGGCUGUCAAAAAUCAAUCGACAGGUGGCGUGCACGUGCAAUGUUUUAAAUAAUCGCUUCACAACAUAAUCCCACUUCGACCAAGAACAUGUGGUAUCCCUUCCCAAUGCUCAUGCCGUUGUCUCUGUCGCCGGAGCCACAGCGUCCAUCAGAUAUUUCUCAAACGCCCUAUGCAUCAGGGAUGAUUCAGAUGCAUAUGGUACCUUGUGACCAACGUUUCUUUCAAAAUGCAAUGGACGGGUUGGCUGACCCUCCGUCUUUGUCGAUAGAGGACUGCAGGAAAUUCCUUCUCAACAGGUCUGUGUUUGACUUGGUGAAAGUCACCCAUUUCCUGGAGCUGACAGACCCCAAGCUGCUGGGUUGGUACUUAUCGCUGCCUGUGGAGGACAGGAAGCUCAUACAAGAGGAAGGAGGACUCCAUCGGUUUCUGCAGAGGCAUCCGGCUCUGAACGUAGCCAGACAACUGGUUUAUGUGAAACAACAGGUGAGAGGUUGCUGGAAACCUCCUGCUGUUACGCAGACGAUGUCGUCAAACCUAAACAACAUAGUUUCUGCUGUUCUCAGAUCCAGAAGGCCCACAUUCUAUGGUGUGAUUCAGUGUCCCAACUGUGGAACCAGUUGUUCUUCAGGAGCUAAAAUAUGCCGACGCUGUAGCACACCUAUCCAUAAGGAGAUCCCGGCAUGCCAGUCAGAAGAGGAGAAAGAGUUAGGUCUUCUUCCCAACAACGUGAAGGAGGAGCUAAAUCUGUUCAACUGUUCAGGGCACGGAGGAGUCCAGUCAGUCCAAGCCCACCACCAGGCGGAAGCAGGAGCAGUGCAACAGUUCAGGGGAUGUCAGCCUCAGUCCUUUACUACUACUACUACUACUACCUUCCCAUCCACAACAGUGGGCUGUCUGGUCAACCUUCAGGAUAGCUUCCAGUCAGCCUGUGGUGAUACCAGUGGCAGCCAUAUUGGAGCCACAGAGGAUUCUCCAGACCAACAGGAGGCGCACUUCUCCAAGGUCGAGCUGCUCUCUUAGCUGUGGGAGGAAGGGCGUUGGCAGGAUGGCAACAAC